UCAUCAUAAAAACCACCACUCCCACUGCUUUCCUUCCCACCACACCACACCAACGCCACUCGCCUCGUCGCGCGCACAGUCACGCUCGCUCUAGCUCACUCUCCUCCUCCUGCUCCUCCUCCUCCUCUCCCAACCAACUCCACCACCAUCGCCACCGCGCGCGCUGCCGUGGACAUGGAGGGCUACUCGUCGGCCGGUUCUGAGCCGGCCUCGUCCUCCUCGGGCGGGGAGGCGCCGGCCUCCCCGCCGUCCACCGCGUCGUCGUCCUCCGGCGGCGGCGCCAAGAAGAAGCGGCCGCGCAAGGACGGUCACCACCCGACGUACCGCGGGGUGCGCAUGCGGAGCUGGGGCAAGUGGGUGUCGGAGAUCAGGGAGCCACGCAAGAAGUCGCGCAUCUGGCUGGGCACCUUCGCCACCGCCGAGAUGGCCGCGCGCGCGCACGACGUCGCCGCGCUCGCCAUCAAGGGCCGCGCGGCGCACCUCAACUUCCCGGAACUCGCCCACGAGCUGCCGCGCCCGGCCACCGCGGCGCCCAAGGACGUUCAGGCUGCCGCCGCGCUCGCCGCCGCGGCGGACCUCCCGGCCUCGGCCAAUGCGGGCGCCAAUAAUAACCCCGAAGGAUCGGACGCCAGCGCCGUGUCCGCCUCGCCUCCGCCGCCGCUGGACACUGCAGAAGACACGCUGUUCGACCUCCCCGACCUCCUCCUUGACCUCAGAUACGGGCCGCCCAGCGCGUGCCUCUCGUGCGCGUCGUCUUGGGACGACGAAGUGGGCUUAAUCUCCGGCGGCGGCGCCGGCGUGUUCCGCCUCGAGGAGCCACUUCUGUGGGAGUACUGAAAGCCAGGCGCCGCCCGGUAAAUCACACUCGUCAGUGCCAAGUCGAGCCCUCCUGCAUGUACACCUCAUAAAUUUCCACGCUUGGCAAGAAAUUCAUGCACGCAAUGCAAGUUACUACAGCGAACAGAAACACGGGCCAAAAUCCUCGGUCGUUUUCUCCAGCGUUUUGCGUCGCCAAAUUUGGGAAGCAGACCAUGUAGUAUAAAAUUAGCCUCGUUUCCUUCAUUCUCUCCUUGCUUUGCUUGGAUUGUGGGGCAAGAAUAUAUGUGUCCAAUUUAAUUAUCAGCGCAUCUCCUUUUCCUCUGGGGGUCAUACUAUUUUUUCUAUCUUUGGCGCUAGUGCUAAAGGUGAUCUACCCGGGAUUUGGACUAAAUGUGACACGAAAGAAAGCCUCUUAAAAAUAAAGAUCGAUGCUGGCUGCUGCA